AUGUCCGCUGCCACGUCAUCUUACUGGUGCUACAGAUGUAGCAGCUUCGUUACGGUUUCGGCCGCCGCCGGCGACUCGCCAGCGGUGUGUCCAGACUGCGGCCAACAACGGUGGAGUUCAGCGAUUGUGGAGUAUGACGGUGGCGGUGGGGGUGACCGACCGCAGAACAAUAUAAACAGAAUGGAACGAUCGGCGGUGGUGUCAUUGACGACGAUCGAGGUCAACGAUCAGCGACCGGCGGUGGAAUCAUUGCCGACGAUGGAGGUAUGCGCCGUGUGCAUAGAAGCAAUGGAAUUGGGAGAUGAAAUUAGAGAGACACCUUGCAAGCACACAUACCACUCCCGUUGCAUCCGGCAGUGGCUUGCGCACCAUAGUUCGUGUCCAAUAUGCCGGCACCAGCUGCGGAGGGACUCUCCGGCGGUGGGGAGGUUAGCCGACGGCGGUGGGGAGCAUCCGGUUGUUCACACUGAGAUGCACGGCGGGAGAAGAAGACGCAGAGGUGGAGUGAGGCGGUUUGUUAGAGGCUUGUUGUCUUGUUACAACUGUACUCUUAACAGUCUUGGGGCUGUGCAAUGGUAA